UCUCUCUCUCACACACACACACACACACACACACACACACACACAUUCUCAAAGAAAACAAUGGCAGGAGAAGUUGUGCUAGGAGCUGCAGUUCAAGUUCUACUUCAAAAUCUGAUCUCAGUUUCGGUAGAGCAAAUCAGCCUCGUCACAGAUUUCGAUAAACACUUGAAAAGGCUAAACGAUUGCGUCUCGACGAUUCACAGUUUCUUGAACGAUGCGGAGAAGAAGCAAGUCACUGAUGAAACCGUCAAACGGUGGCUACGGAAGCUCGAAGGUGUGGCUUUCGAUGCCGACAAUCUCUUGGAUGAGCUCAACUAUCAGCAUCUCUCCAAGAAACUUCAUACCGACGAAUACAAAAUGCGGAAAAAGGUACAAAUUGAAGAAUUGGAAAAGUACGGGGUACAAACUACGUUCAGAGCAUGUCACGCUUUGAAGAAGCUACCGAAUACAUUGGAGCAUUUAAUGAGCUUGAGACAUCUUCAUGUUCCUCAAAUAGAAUUGCCUCUGGGGAUUGGAAGAUUAACUUCUCUUCGAACACUACAGUACUUUGGAGUGAGCAAUGAAAACGGUUGUGGAAUUGACGAGCUCGGAAGCUUGAAAAAUCUCCAAGGGGAACUGCAGAUUUAUAAUCUCGAAAAGGUGUGUGGCAAAUAA